AUGGAUGAGGAGAUUACAGAAAAAACGGAAUUCGAAGUAGCAAUGAAAAGAAAGCCGACAAAUAUAUGUUUGCAAUCAAUUAAGGCAAUGUUGAGCAGUCGAAAAAUGAUUGCGAUUAUUGUCUUUCUUACAAUUCUUCUUGACAAUAUGUUAUUAACAUCUAUCAUCCCAGUUGCUCCAAAAAUACUGGCUGAGCAUCAUACAGAUAGUGGUAUUCUAGAAAAAGAAAUGCAUGAUUGUGAACCAGACAAUUCAACUUCAAAAGGACAAUGUUCCAUAAGCAAUCAGUCCACCGUUUCAAAUCAAAAUACGGAUGAUGAACAUUUUGAAGGUGAACAUAUUCAACUUGGUUUACUGUUCGCUGCGAAACCAAUUGUUCAGUUAUUAUGUAAUCCAUUAAUUGGUCCAAUUACAAAUAGAAUUGGAUACAGUAUACCAAUGUUUACCGGAUUCAUCAUUAUGUUUGUCGCAACACUAAUUUUCGCUUUCAGUGAACAUUAUUACUUAUUGUUGGCUGCUAGAGCUGUUCAAGGAAUGGGUUCAGCUUGUUCUAGUGUAGCAGGUAUGGGAAUGUUGGCAACUGCUUUCACUGAUGACAAAGAAAGGGGUCGUGCUUUCGCUUUCGCUUUAAGCGGUUUAGCUUUAGGCGUAAUGAUUCUUCAACUAAUAACACUGAAACCAUCUAUUAGACGAGAAGUUCAAGAAGGUUCAUCAAUAAUAAAACUAUUAAUAGAUCCUUAUAUUCUUAUUGCGGCCGGUUGCAUUACAUUCGGAAACUUGGGUAUGGCUAUUCUUGAACCAACUUUACCUCUUUGGAUGAAAAUAAAAAUGAAUUCUGAAGAAUGGGAACAAGGUGUUUUAUUUCUAUCCGCCAGUGUUUCUUAUUUAAUCGGUGCAAAUAUAUUCGGACCAAUAUCGUAUAGAAUUGGUCGAGGAAACAGUGCUGGUCUCGGGUUGCUAAUUUGUAGUGCCAGUUUAGUUGGUUUGCCAUUUUCAACAAGAAUCGAACACCUGAUCGCUCCAAUGUUCUGUCUUGGAUUCGCUAUUGGAAUGAUUGACUCAUCAAUUAUGCCAACUAUGGGUCAUUUAGUCGACUUAAGACAUGUCGCUGUAUACGGGAGCGUUUAUGCCAUCUCUGAUAUCGCCUUCUGUUGUGCAUUUGUGACUGGACCUUUACUUAGUACUGUAUUGAUUAGAGCAUUUGGUUUUAAGUGGACUCUUUGGACUACUGCAAUAAUAUGCUUUGUCUAUGCACCAUUGACACUAAUUCUCAGAAAUCCGCCUAGGCGAAAAACUGCCCGAAGUGAGUCAAAACAAAUUGAUAAAAAUGAGUUACUUGAGUCUACACGAACUGGUAAUGGGAUAUUGGCAACCAGUGUCUUUCCACCAGUGAAGUGUGCAAUAUGGUUAUCAGGUUAG